AUGGGGCAGCAAUGCUGUGGAAGUGGAAAUCCCACCGGCUUCAGCGGCGCGAGUCAUGAAGAGAUGCUCAAGCAAUUCGGCGACCUGAGCGACGAUGCGGCGAUGGCCGCAGUCGUUGCCAGUCUCGCUCAGAUAACAGAGGAGCACCCUUACUUGAAGCCGAUGGGUACCGAGCCCAUGCCCCACCAGCUGCUAUACUGGGUGAGGAGGUGCCGGGAGUGCAUCAUCAUCAGGAACUCCACGGAGGCCAUGAGCUGCGUGGAGCGGAUCCAGCGAAGUCUGAACUAUGAGAUGGCUCAGAUCAAGGAUGCCUUCCGGCGGUUUGAUGCAGACAGCUCUGGGCACUUGGACCAGAACGAGUUUAAAUACCUCUGCGCCUACAUCGGCUGGGGGGAGGAGGAGGCCCAGGCCAUGAUCAUGGACCUGGAUCAGGACCAGAAGGUCUCCUACGAGGAGUUUCAGCUCUUCGUCGGCCACAUGGGUGGCCUACAAGCGCUUUUCGAAAACCGCCGGAAGCGCGUGGCCAACAAGAACUGGGGAGAGGAUCCGCCUGCCGUGAUCGAAGUCGGAGCUCGAAUCCGCGCUUUUUACUACACUCCGGAAGGGAAGAAGUCGACUUCGUGGAGGGAAGCGCAGGUUUUGGAGAUGAACGUGAUGCCGGAGAACGGGGUCAGGCUCCUUUUCGGCUUCGGGGAGGACAAGUCGGAGCGACAGGUGGUCCCCCCGAGCUGGAUCUUCUAUGACAGCCGCGACAGCGAAGUGGUCGCGGCCCUCCGGGAGGUCGGAAUCCUCGAAGAGCAGCAAGCCUUCUGGGCAUCGAUCUUUCCCCAGUCAGAGAUGCGCGCGGUCGCCAAGCUGGUGCCCUGCCAGCGGCAGGCCCUGGCGCACGUGCGCGCGAACGCCUCGGUGAACCACGACAAGGCCGGGGGGCUGAACGGGGGGGCCCCUUUUAAAGGGUUGCAGGUUUAA